CUUCGACAAGAUGCUCGUUGGCUUGUUUUUGCGACAAGGAGGUGUCCUCCAUGGUGUCAUUGUAGGGUUCAGGGUGAAUACACCGAGAUUAAAUAUCUUCUAACAAGAUGUCUGGUUACACGCCGGACGAGAGGCUCCGCAUUGAGCAGAUCACAAAGCUCAGAAGGCAAUGGCUGAAGGACCAGGAACUCAGUCCCAGAGAACCCGUCAUCAAGCCACAGGCUCCGGGCGCCAUAGCUAAAUUCUGGGCUGGCUUUCUGGAACCCAAGAGUCUGUGGAGGCAAUACACCUACAAGGCAUACCGAGGUGGAGUAUUUGGAUUGACACGGGUGUUGAUACCAGCGUGGAUCGUUCACUAUUGUGUCAAGUACCACAUGGCUAACCUGCCAUAUGGUAUUGUGGAGGUGAAACCCAAGUUGUUUCCCGGGGACGUUAUUUUGGAGACGGGCGAAGUUGUUCCCGAUCUACCCAUGACCCACGGUCACCACUAAUGCACACAGUUAAAAUGUUUCUAUAAAGUCAUUGUAAAAAAAUAACCUAUAUAUGUUAUUAAAACAUUUCCAAUCAUAA